UAGAGAAAAUUUAAUUUCACGAUAAAAAUAUAUCUAUAUAAAACAACGAUAAAUAUAAAUGUAGAGUACAUUUUUGACAGCGACGUUAUAAAUAUGGACUGGCCAUUGAAGAGAGAAUAUUGACUCUAAUAACUAAAAAAUGGUGAAGAGAUGCAGGUCUGGGCAUUUACGUCACUCAUACACUUCAUCAUGAUGUUUUACGUGUUGCAUAUUUCCAUGUGAAAAUUUUGGGGCUUUAUUUGACACAUGAUUACAGUGACGUCACACCUAGUCAUGUUAUCAUAUCUAUUGUUGUUGCCCGUUGAUUUGAUAUUUGAUAAUUUGUUUCAAAACAAACGAAAUGUCUAUGUUUGCUUUACUUACAUAUCUAAUUUCUCAUUUAGAUAUUUAUUGAAAGCUGUGAUUUUUCUGUCCAGAAUAUAUCAAUUUAUUGGACACGACCUUUCAUUUUCUAUUUUCUGAAUUUUCCUAGUGUUAAUGAUGUUCACUGACGACGUUUGUCGUUAUAGAGUAUUAAUCCAAACAGGAGGUCGGAUGGAUAAGGGAAGGUCUGUAGACUGGAAAGUGAUUGUAAUACUGGCUGUUCUUAUCACUCCUCCGCUAUUAUUUUACAUAAUUUAUGCGAUUGUGUUUGGAAUAUAUCCUAGUCUGAAAUACCCUGGAGUUACCAUGAAUGUACCCGAACAAAGUAUUAAUCGUGCCGUAUUAUACAACUCCAUACAAAAUUCAUCAUUCAAAACCAACUUCCAGUUGAAAGAACGGAAAGCAAAUUACGUGAAAACUUAUAAGCUAGUCUGCUACUAUUCAUUGCCUACUACAGCUGAUUCACUGCAAGUAGAUGAACUGGAUCCUUAUUUAUGUACCCAUAUUAAUGUUGCAUUUGCAAAAGUAGUAAAUAAUUCUAUCCUGAUUAAUGAAUCUCAGAAGGAAAGUCUGGAAAAACUCGUCAACUUGAAAAAUAUCAACAAGGAUCUGAAAAUACUGAUGUCUGUAGGAGGUUCUGGGAAUGAUGUUGGUUUUCCAGAAAUGAUAUCAAAUCACAAAAAAAAUUUUAUACAGUCUGUGAGGAGCUACGUCAAAAAUUUCAAAAUUGAUGGAGUUGAUCUUGACUGGGAGUUUCCAAAUGAACACCAGAAAGUUCAUUUUACUCAACUACUUGAAGAAUUCAGAAAAAGCAUUAACAGGAAUCCAAAUUAUCCAUAUCUUUUAACAGUAGCAGUGGCAGCUCCAUAUACAAUUGUCGACAGCUCUUAUGCUGUUUCAUAUAUGAAUGAGUUCGUGGAUUUUAUCAAUUUAAUGUCUUACGACUAUCACUUUUACACGAGAGAAACGCCCUUCACUGGAAUAAAUAGUCCUUUAUAUGCAUCUGACAACGAAAAAUUUAUCUUUUCUACUCUGAAUGUUAAUUUUUCUGCGUAUUAUUGGAACCAUUCGGGAAUGGAACGCAGCAAAAUAAUUAUAGGAUUGCCAACCUAUGGCCAUACUUUCAGGCUGGCAAACCCAAACAACAAUGGUAUGUAUGCUCCAGCACUUGGUUAUGGAGAACUAGGAAACUCAGGAUUUGUUGAUUUCCCUCAGUUAUGUCAAUUUCUAGCUUCUAAUCAAAUCACACCAAUUUUUGACAUAGAAAACAAGAGCCCAUAUGCGUUCAAGGAAUAUGAAUGGGUAUCUUUUGAUAAUAGCCAGAGUCUCAGAUAUAAGGCUGAGUACAUAAGGGAUAACAGGUUUGGAGGGGCAAUGGUGUGGUGCUUGAAUUCAGAUGAUUAUAAGGGACUUUGUCAAAGUGAAAAUGGGGGUGGUAAGAGGUUUCCUUUAAUAUCGACUAUUAAGAAUGUAUUUGCCAAUGGAAACCAGUUGUAGAGAAUGGGUACCUUUCAUUGAGGAUUUAUUACUCACACAUGGAGGUGCUGUGUUGUGUUGAUAACAAUAUAAUCAUGCAAGCUAAUUUACCAAUACAUUUUCUAGACUCACAUUGUACAGUGGCGGCGUAUGUCAGAUAUCCAACGCUCUCCGUGGUAUUAGCCAGAGGAGUAGUUGUUUUCUGAUAGGUGUCAGUCCAUUGAUCUACAGUGUAGGCCUGAACGAAUUGUUCUUUCAGAUGAUAUGAUUCACAGUCGGUCUUCAAAUAUGCCCACCUACUAUAUGUGAGCCCAUACAGCAUGCACCGUGCCGCUUACCUUUGGAUAUUUUAAAUUAUUUGUGAAUGUGUUUCCGAAUCUGACCACACAAACCUUUGAAUUCACCUCACAUUGCUAGUCACAGUAGCACACGGUGAAAUAUCAUUUUCGAAACAGAAGAUUAUUAAAAACUUCUUUAGAUCAACACUGUCGCAAAGUCGAUUAACAUAUUUAUUAUUUUCUUAUUAGUCAGUGGGAUUAACAUGCUUGAAGACUGGCAGUAAACAAAUCCAAAGAA